AGCAAUGUGCCCACUUUGAUUCCUUAGCCUUAACUUGCUUGUCGUACUUUCUUCUUGAGUCGGCCACAAGCCGUUCAUGCCGUCUGUUCGUGUUAGACGGGGCUCACGCUCGCAGUAUGCCUCGCUUAUAGGCGAGGAGGGCGUUCAAGACGGAACUCAGAGGCGGCCAAGGGGCCGGACAUUAGCUAGCGUAUAUCAACCGCCAGGCCCAUUUGCUUCCGAAGACGGUCAGCCUGACGCUGAACCAUCCUCUAGUUCAGGUGACCAGGAGCAGGCAGGAGCAGCCGGACCCUUCAACAAUGUCAGACAGUACAGCAGAGUCGCAGAUUCCAUUAUUUAUAGAACUCAAACCUCACAACGGCUUGGAAGCAGAAGUCGCGAGCGUUCUUAUGCAGACGGUUCGUAUGAAUCUGCGGAACCUGAAGGAAGGAGGAGGGAUAGGACAGUUACUCUGGAAGGUUCUCAGGCUGAAAUUGUAGUGCCAGACGAUGGAAGAGGGCCGGGCAUACUCGAAAGUACCCUAAGCCUCUCCGGCGGCGAUGAAAACCCUUUUGGGAGCUCAACUGAACAUGAAGAUGAUAUCGUUGAGCAUCUGGACGUAAUUGAUCUGGAGAUCGCCACGGUCUCGAAUCUUGCGAAUGCGGCGAACUCCAUCCUCAUCCCCCCCAUUGGCGUAUAUUCACGGAAGCCUAUCGUCUUUUUACCCCGAGUACCAAUUUCUGAAGAUAGAGAGGGAACUUCAACUCAUGAGGAUGAUCUUGACCGACACGUCGAAGAAGUACUAUCAAAGCGAGCCAGGGUAAGAAGAGUUCUGCGAGGUGUAUGGGCCUUUGUGAAAACCCCACUUGGUAUGAUAACGGCUCUUUAUGGAUUUUGUGUUGUAUUUUGGGGCGCUGCGAUUGUCUUCUUCCUGGCGAAAUUCAUCAAUUUUCAUGAUCCUAUUAAACAAGGCUUUUGGGUGGAAGUCUCUUCCCAAGUAGAAAAUGCCCUUUUCACCGUCACUGGAAUCGGGUUGAUUCCGUGGCGCGUUGUUGACACAUAUCGGAUACUGCGGAUUUGGCACUACAAGAAGCUCACGCGAAAGCUCCGUGCGAAGGCAGGGUUACCUGAGCUUUACGACGAGGAUGACCUCCCAGAUCCAAUCUACGAUCCAAAUUACGUUCACGUCUUGACUGAGAAACAGGAGAAAUGCCUCCAUCACCAUCGACGCCAGUUCGCGAAGUCGCAGACGUGGUACAGACCCCAUGGAACGCCUACGCACCGCGCAUUUCCAAUCGAGACUGCAAUCCUUAUUUGUUGCUUCAUUGACGGGAAUUCGGUCUUUCAGAUCAUGCUCUGCACCACUAUGUGGGGCCUUAACAGGUUCGAGCGGCCCGCUUGGAGCACCGGUAUUCUUAUCCCAGCAUCUUUCCUUUGUGGUAUCGUGUCGGCGAUCUUCAUUUGGCGCGGCGGGCAGAAGACGAAACGCACGAAGGAAGUGGAGGAGAAGCUUCGCCUCGCUUUGACAAUUGAGCGGAAUCCAGAAAAGUUCCGCAUUGUGGAGGUAAAGAAGAGUGGCUCUCGGGAUCCAAUUGAUGACAAACAGACUCCGAGUGUCAAGCCCAACUCGCCGAAGCGUGAAGGCUCGGAGGAUGACAGACAAUUGAAAGAUGUGCCUCAAGAUGAUCGCGAUUCCAUUGCAGUUGACGAAAAGAUGUCUGUACCAGCUCGGAAUGCCUUAGAAUGA